AUGGCGAUGGGACAGCAGAAGGUGGGGAAGAGACGAGGUUUAGCGGAGAAAGAAAACGUAAAUCGGUAUCCAACGUCGAGGGAGGAAGGAAAAGUAGUGUCCUUCAAGUCGAAGGUAGAAAUCAGCAGGCUGGGAGGUCGGUUGAGCGAGGUGGUGGGUCCCGUCGUGGAGGAGGCCAUCGAGCCAGGGGAUGCGACCCCGCUGACGGGACCCUCGAGGGAGUCCUCGGUUCCUCGAGCACCCCCGCCACCGCCGCAGCGUGUCAUCACACCGAGUCCGCCGAGACCGCCGCCCGCUACGUCCCAGCAUCACCAGAAUCCGUGUCAUCCGGCCCACAAUCCGGGGCAUCAAAAUCCCGGACAUCGCAACCCGGGCCACUCGCCCCACAAUCCGGGCAAUCCCGGCCACAAUCCCGGCCACAAUCCCGGUAACAACCCCGGUCACCAGACCCACAAUCCGGGCAAUCCCGGCCAUAAUCCGGGCAAUCCCGGCCACAAUCCGGGCAAUCCCGGCCACAAUCCGGGCAAUCCCGGCCACAAUCCGAACAAUCCCGGCCACAACCCGGGCAAUCCCGGCCACAAUCCAAACAAUCCCGGCCACAACUCGGGCAAUCCCGGCCACAAUCCGGGCAACCCGGGUCACAACCCCGGUAAUCCAGGCCACAAUCCUGGUCAACAGAAUCCUGUCAGAACGUGA